UAAAUUCUAUUCGUAUGGUUCGAUGAGUGAAGUUGAUCAUAUUUUUCUUGAAGUUGAAGUUGGAAAUGAACUUUUGUGUCCUGUGAAAACAAAUUUGUCUUUGGAAAUUUCGAAAAUGUCUUGCUGGGAAACAUUCAUCCUACCAACGAAGAUAGCACUGUCCACCGUUGAAAAACUUGAGUACUGCCAAGAGGACGACCUUCAAAAAUUGGUGGUGAUAGAAAACCUAAUGAAACAAAAUGAGAGUGUCCAGAGACGUGUAGAAGACAUCAGAUAUUAUGCCAGUACUGAAUCGAAAAACAUCAUCGAUUCAAACGAAAAAUUGGCGAUUCUAACAAAAAAAUUGAAUAAUGCCCGAAUUAUAAAGCAAAUUUUGGAAAAUACCGCCCGAGGGACCAAAAGUAAAAAAUCAUCGGACAUGGAAAUCGCGAAGUUAUGUGGAAUCAACAGAAUGAAAAGGAAUAACAGAUAUUGCAAAUUCAAACAACCUCUAUCACCCCUUGCCGUUCACGCAAAUACACAUUUGCACCGCGGAAUCAAGAGAAAAAGAAAUGAAUAG